CGAAAAUGACGACUUAAAAAUUUACAAUAAAACGGUUUUGUCAUAAGUGUUUUUGUAGUAAUCGUUUACAUUUAGAUAAUUAGCUGUUUGUUGGGUGUGGUGGGUCUGUCGAUGUGAUGCUGAUCAGCAAAGUGCCUGACGAGGCGGCGCCCUCGCGAGACCACUCGCACGAGUACCAGACCGCCAGCGAACUCUUCGAUAUGAUGGCCAGAAACCACCCCUUCGAACCUGAUGUGGGUGAAAGUCUAUCAACUAGAGAUUUAGUAAUUUUAUACAAAAACAUCGAUUUAGGCACAAAACUCAUGUCCAACGCUGAAGAAUUGAAACGAAUCAGACCCAAUCAACACGUGGAGACGGUCGUUUACAACGACGACAUAGAUUCGGAGGACUCGGACGUGAGCGAAAUUUACGGUAACGAAGACAUGCGCAAUGUAUUUUCGGUCAACAGCGAGCGAAUCGAUCUGUUCAAUGAUCGACCUCCCUACCAAAACACUCUUUGCCAGAAGUUAGGCGAUUUGGAAAUACAAGCUUCGAACCUGUCCAUGGAGUACGACCAGCAUUUCCUCUUCAAAGAUCCCUACAUAAAAGAGCAGCUCAAAAACUUAAACGGCAUGGACGGGGAGUGCGAUGGGAUGGUUUUGCCGACUUCGCUCCUCGACUACAUUUUUUGCAAGCGGUUAGAGGAUAAUUACAACUUCUACAUGGAAAAUAUUAUCCGAUACGUCAAGCACACUAUUGAGCAGCUCAAGCGCAUCAGCAACGGGGACUACUUGACGGACAAAGCGAAAGAGAAAUGGAGGGAAGUCGAGAAUGCUAGCAAAGGCGACGACGACACCAAAGUCCUCGCCACGUCGACGAGCAUCCCACUACAAGUCGAGCGCAAACUGAACGGAGUCUCGACCACGUGGGACGACAUAAUACACUCAGAAGUAGACGUAAGAUCUUUAUCGAAGAUACUGGAGAAGAAAAUUAUUGUGGAAGUGCCAAAAUUAAUUUGUGGAUCUUACAAACUUUUUAGCAAGUUCUGCUCUGAUAAUUUAAUUAUUAGUUGCAAGAGAGAGAAGGAGCCGAUCGCAACUGAGAAAAAGAAAGAAUCUCGAGUGGAUGUGGUUCUUCAGCUAGAACGCUCGGAUUCUGGACAUGUCAUGAGCAACAUAAGUUCCAUAAUGAUAUUGCAAGCCACUCCUAUCCAACUCGAUGAGCGUCCCAAACCUCUUCCGUUGUCGUACAAUGAAAAAGACGAAGAAUGUUCGAACACUGAAAUUGAAGAACUUUCUUCUGUGAACGAGCAUAGAAAAGAUGAAGUAAAAAAGGUUAAAAUUGUUGAGGUUCAGGACACAACUGAUGACGCUGAUAUCAAUGCUGUCGGAGACAAUGAUACUGCUUUGAAAAAUAAUGAAGUUGAAAUGCUAGCUGACGAAAACAUUGAUGAUGGAAAUGAUUAUACAAAUGAUUCUAAAAGUAGUGCAAUGGAAUCGGGUGAUUCAAGUAUCGCAUUGAGAGAUAUACUAGACACGAGAGCUAUUCCGAAUAUACUGCGAAAAGAAGCGCCAUAUAAUUUUAUAUCGCCCGAUGACUUAUCUCUGUCCAUGCAUAAACUAAACUUGAGCUCUCUACCUGAGGAGAACAGCGAAGAUACGUCCCAAAACCAACCAACCAAAAAGAAAUCGCCAAUGAAAGUUAGAAUUAAGUCACCCUACGAAAACAAAUCAUUUAUAAUGGAAGAAAAAAAGAGAAAAAAACUCUUGGAAAUACGCGAUAAACGUGAAAAAAAGAAAAUGGCAGGAGGUGAAAACUGUAAAGUUUCCAAGCAUAGAUACGGUAAAGGAAUCAUGCCGUCGAGUUCCGUCACAAACUUAUCGAUUACGAACAAAUCGUUUUAUAAUUCAAUUUAUGGUCAAAAUGUGAAUUUCGACAAUAAGUCCACCAAAAGUAAAGGACGUAGGGGUAAGAGAGAAUUAUUUAUCGACGCGCCUUUGGAGCAAUUGAGAGGAGAGAACGAGUCGCCGAUGUUAACUCCUGAUAAAAAUAACAAAAAAUAUGUCAAUCGAAGUUAUUACUUGGAUGAGGCCGUGACAGAAAUGAUGUAUACGCAACUGCGACAAAGCGACUGCAGCAGUGUCAGGGAAAUAUUCUCGGCAUCCGCUUCUGCUGUGUCCGCCGAGUUCCCCACAAACAGAGCUGAAGCUGACCCCAGUGAUAAACUUGCUCCCAGUUUCCGGGAGGACUCGGAAAGCGAUGACGAAAACAAAGAUGCAUUUAAUGAUAAUCCGGGAAAAAAAGAUAGCCGCACAAUUAUGAUCACAUCUUCAAGAAGCAUACUUAAUGUUGUGCCCGCAAAUUCGCCUAAAAAUAACAAAGUUAAUGAUGAAGACGAAGAAGAAACUUCCGAAAAUCCUGUGCCAACCGUCGCUUGUAGAAAGAGCAUAGAAAAACUUUAUGAUCUGAUGAAGAAAUUAGGAAAGACCGACACGCUAGAAAUGAGGUCUUCCAGAAGCAAACUCUUAACCAAUAUCAGCAAAGUUGACGCUAUCGUACAAGGCACCUCUACCAUACAAGGCAGCGACAGUGGAACCAGCCUCAAACAUCAUUUGACCUCAUCGAAUCCUAGCAGUUUUAGUUUUGAGAAAAUUAAUAAUCACGAUGAGAUUCCAGAUUCAAAAAUAACGAGUAACAAAAAUACCGAUGCGCUCACUACGGUGGUCCCUAAAGUUAUAAUAAGUACAAAACAUCAAACUGUAAAAGCUGAGGUUGAGAAAGUGAGAAAAGAGCGUAAGAAAAUUGUCAUGAAUCCUUUGUCUAAAGUGCCAGACAACCCCCUGAAGGCCAUAUCGCAGCUACUUCACGAGUUUGAUAGCGUGCAAAAAACCAGGCAACGUCUUCCAUCAGAUUCCAAACCUAGCAGGAAAAGUGAUUCAUCACACGAAGGACGGAACGUACCCCGGCAAGGCUUCAUGGUUAAAAGACGUUCCCGAAUCGAUCAGUCCGCAAGAGAAAACGAAAUUCAAAGCGACAAAAAUUUUAAAGUGAUCGCUAGAGACCGAAGGGCCAGGCCCACCCCAGCGAUGGAACUUUUAAAAAUACCGCAUCAGCAGAUACCUAUCGAGGAGAAGCACGUCGAUCGCAAUGUUAAGGAAGAAAUACACAACCCGCACAACGAUCGCGUUGCGAAAGAGGAUAAGCAUUUGGAUCGUUUUAGUAAGAAGAAAAUAGCCGAUAUAAUAGACGAGGUGAAGGAAGCGAAAGGUGAAGCGGUGCGCGGGCCUUCGAAGAUGAACUCUAGGUUGAAUUCACUGGCGCAGCCGAAGAAGUCAUAUGUGCAGGCGCACAGCGAGGAGUACCAGACGAGGUACGGCAGGAACCUGAUGGCGGAUCGCUUGCAGAGGCUGGCGUCGGCGCCGCCUGCGCUCGUCGCCGAGAAGCCGGCGCUGCUGAACAUCAAGAACAAGCCGAGGAGGACCGGCACGGAGGCAGUGUCGUCGGUGUCGGUGAGGCCGCCUCCGCCGCCGCAGGCUAUAGAGCGCGGGCUCAGGCUGCGGCGGUCGGCCAGCAGCAGCCCAGAGCCGCGCGCGCCCGCGCCGCCCCCCGCGCCCCGCCCGGGCCUCGCCUUUGAUGCGCCCGAUAACAUGAAAAACAAGAUGGUGGCGGUAGAGUCGUACGUGAAGAGCCACUUCCGCCGCUCGUCGCCGCACGCGCUCGGCGUGCACAAGGCGCGCGUGCCGCUCGUGCCCACGGACCUCGACCUGUCGUCAGUCGCCUCGUCCCCGACGGCGGAGGAGUCGACGGCGAUCGGCAGCAGGCUGCACAGCAUCAUCGACAGCAUGAUCCACGCCGCGCCCGCGCCGCUGUCGGCGCUGCGCGAGAGCCGCGAGAGCAGCUCGCGCGACCCCGACGAGCCCGACGCCUACUCCCUCGAGAACCUCUCGCGCCAUGCCUCCUCCGUCGACUCCGACUACCGCGCCGACAUAUUCAAGGACAAGAACGUCGAGACGGCCGUCGAGAGCUUCCAGGACAAGCGGGACCUCACGCCCGAAGAGGAGUCCAAAUCCUCGGAAACGAAGUACGACCGCGAGUCGAACGUUUCCUCCGGCGAGCUCCAGAAACUGGAGGACGCCCUCCACGGCCGCGUGUCGGUGGGAUCCUUUCGGCAGCUGAGAAUGAACGACUUCGCGCUGACGCCCAAGCGAUCGUUGCAGCGAGCGCUGGUCGUCCGUUCCGGCGACGUUGUGCUCAAAUCUUCGAUAUCCAAAAGCCUGAAACUGAGCAGCUCCCGCUCUGACGUCUCCGCAGAUUUAAACACGUUGCCCGCCCUUGGAAAUUCUCAACUGGGUUGGAAUUUUCGCAGCAACAUCCCGAUGCAAAUCGCGACCGUCGGAUACGCGUUCCCCGAUUACCACGCGGCCUACUGCGAACCGAAUACGGCGAUCAAAUCCUUGGACAAUAUUUUCAAACUGGGAAUCUCUCUGAGCAGCUCGUCCACAAAAAACAAAAAGUCGGAUAAGACGAGUCAGUGUUUUAAGGGAUCACAGUCGAAGUGCGACACUCAAGAUAAUACAGCGUCGUCUCUGAAUACUGCUGACGCGAUGCCUGUAAUGAGAAUGAAGCAAAUGAGUAUUGCGUCGGUUUCCACGGAAGCUCGCCUGUUUAAUAAUAUUGAAAAAACUUGUGGCGACUGUUCAAUUGUAGUACCAGAAAAACGCCAGACCGAAGUCGAAAAGGUGAAGACUAAAAGUAACGCUGAAAGUAUAGAUUGCACUUCAUCUUUGGACAUGCUUGUUGGACUUCUGAACGAAAUCCAGAAAAUAACCACGGGCCAUAUCACUGACACUGUACAAUAUGCGGACGAGCAGGAUUGCAAAGAGCUGGAGGAUGUCAUAAAUGGCAACGAUGCAAUGAAGGAUACGGCGAAAAAUAUUGACUCUCACGAAUUGGUCUCCAUCGCAUCCUUGGACAAAAUGAGGCAGUUGGAAUCUAGCCCGAGUAUUUAUUCUCUGUACUUGUCCGAUGGCGAUAAGGAGUCGAUUGAGGAAAAGAUUGGGAUUCCGCGACUGACUACCAGCUUAAAAAGCGUACUGCGUCACGAAAUACCGAUUCACGUGGACAAAGAAGUUGGCGCUGAUUUCCCAGUGAGGGAAUACACGAGUACUUUUACUGACGUGCCAUCAACGUUUUUCCCUAUUACCAUAACUCACAGCACUAAUGUCACUAAUUCUCUAAUCGGGAUUCUGAGUAAGCCAUCAAGCCAAACAAUGUUUUCGCUCGAAGACUAUGAAAGUGCGUGUGCGGACUCUACCUUCAAUUGUAAAAAGAUUAUGGAAAUCACAGAAGAGUCUAAAACUACUCAAAUCUGUGAAACGCCUGUGAUUGCGUAUCCUGAUAGCGAGAAACGUGUGGAGACUUUUACUGAACAGCAGGUGGAGGUAUACAGUGAUGUUGUUAUUGAAAAUGUAGCAAUCAUGGAGGUGCACAAAGCUAAAACUGAGAUGAAUUUAUUUAGCAAUUGUACCAAUUACCACAAGAGUUCGGACUUUGAUCCAUUAAUGAAAAUGAAGCGAGAUCUUUUAGUAACAAUUUACUCGAUGCUGGUUUUGACUGUAUUUGCUGCCUUGUCGUUUCCAGAACUUGUGUACCAUGUCUGAACUGUGAAUGUAAGCUUUUA